ACCAGCUCUCAGUCCCUCUGAGCCCAGGGCUGGCUGAGGUCUCUCUCUCUCAUCCCCAGCUGUCUGAUUCUAUUGUCCCAGCCGCAGUUAGACUGUCACAAAGAGACUGCAGCUGCAGGGCACAAACUGGCAAGCACAGGGACACCUGAGGCAUUUACAGACACCAGCUGACAUCCCCUGGACACAUCUGAAAGAGACAGCCGGAUAACAAAGCUCUGAGUUCUGGGGCCACAAUCAGGAGGAGUUCUACAAAUGCCUGAGGGAGACAGUCUGGGGAGAUGUAAAACCUGGAUAUGUACAGAGAGGAAAUGCAAGACAGACCUGAGGACAAGAGACAGACCUGAGGACAAGAGACAGGCCUGAGUCACAUGCACUGGCCUAGCUAACACAAAGAGACAUCACUGAUACAGGAAACUACAACCCUGCCUCUGAUGCCACGUUUCUACAGCUAUGCUGCCCUUUGCCCUGUGCCUGCUGCUAUUCCUGGCAUACCCCCUUUCAUCCUCCUCUCUGGGCACCUUGGAGUUACACAUCGAUGAGGAGCAGCCGGCAGGAACAAUCAUUGGGGACAUUAGUGCCGGCCUUCCUCCAGAAUCCAGUGGGCAUAUGUUUAUCAUAUCAGCUCUGGAGGGCAGUGGAGUAAACAGUGACCUGGACAUAGAUGAGCGUACAGGCAUCAUUAAGACAGCAAGGGUGUUGGACAGAGAGCAGCGCAAACUCUACAGCUUCAUAGCAGUUACUCUAGAAGGUAUUACAGUAGAGGUCGAUAUCCAUGUAGAUGAUAUCAAUGACCAUGCUCCUGUCUUUGCAAAAGAACGGACUGAGCUUGGCAUUCCGGAGCAUACUCCCGUGGGCACCCGCUACCCGCUAGAGCCUGCUGUGGAUGCUGACAGUGGAGUACUUGGUACUCAGGGUUAUCUAAUCCGUAGUGGGGACCCAUUGCAGGCCUUUCGUUUAGAAACCCGUGCUUUGUCCAAUGGAAUCCUCUCUGUGGAGCUGGUAGUGAGUGCAGAGUUGGACCGUGAGAACUGUUCAUCUUAUUCAUUGACCCUUGAAGCCUAUGAUGGGGGUUCUCCUAGUCGCAGUAGUCAGAUGACACUGGAUGUGGCCAUUCUAGACAUUAAUGACCAUCCACCAGUGUUUAACCAAAGCCGCUACCAGGCCCUCAUAUCAGAGAGUCUUCAUCCGGGGUCCAGUGUUUUACAAGUCUAUGCAACUGAUGCCGACCAGGGUUCUAAUGGAGAAAUCACAUAUGAGAUCAAUCGCAGACAAAGUGACCCUGAGGGCUUCUUUACUAUCCACCCAAAAUCUGGUCUUAUUCAGCUGAGCAAGCCACUGGACUAUGAGACAAGGAAAGCCCAUGAGCUUGUAGUCCAAGCACGAGAUGGAGCAAGUCAGCCAGAAGUAGGAACAGCAUUUGUAUCAAUCCAAGUCAGAGACUCUAAUGACAACCAGCCCAGUAUGACAAUUAUUUUCUUAAGUGAGGAUGGGGCUCCACGGGUGUCUGAAGGGGCCACACCAGGGCAGUAUGUGGCCCGUAUCUCUGUGUCUGACCCUGAUUAUGGGGAGUAUCCUCAUGUGGAUGUAACUUUGGAGGGAGGUGAGGGGAAGUUUGCAUUAACUACCAAAGACAGUAUCAUCUACCUCAUAUGUGUGGACAAGCUUCUGGACCGUGAGGAACAAGACUCAUACCGUCUACGGGUGAUGGCCACUGAUUCAGGGACACCUCCCUUAAGAGCAGAGUCUUCUUUUGUUCUGGAGGUCACAGAUGUAAACGAUAAUCCACCAGUAUUUGAUAAACAGGAGUAUAGUCACAUAGUGCCUGAGGCCGUCCAUCCUGGGAGCUUCUUGCUACAAGUCACAGCGCGAGAUAAAGACCAAGGAUUAAAUGGUGAGGUUAAGUACAGUCUGCUGCCAACCCCUUGGUUCCUUAUCCACCCAGACACUGGUGUAAUCACCACAGCAGCACCACUGGAUUAUGAACGUGAUCCCCAGCCAAGGGUGACAGUUGUGGCAUCAGAUCUGGGUCAACCACCAUUGUCUGCCACGGCCCUGGUUACAGUACAGCUGCUGGAUUUGAAUGAUAAUGAGCCUGUGUUCUCCAGCCCCAUAUAUAAUGCCACACUAAGUGAGAGUACUGCGCCCGGCAGCUGCUUCCUGAAGGUUUCUGCAUCAGACGCAGACCGUGGAAGUCUUGGGACUGUCUCAUACUCUCUCAGACCAGGCUCACCCUCACAAUUUCUCAUACACCCCGAGAGUGGAGAGAUCUGCAUAUCCCACACGCUCGACGGGGAUGAUGGAGACAGAUUCUUCCUCCUAUAUGUGAUGGCUACAGAUGGGGGAGGACUCAGCUCAGAAUGUCUGGUACGGCUAUCUUUGGAGGAUGUCAAUGAUAAUCGUCCAGUCUUCUAUCCAAUGGAAUAUGGUGCCAGCAUCAGUGCCCUCAGCCCGCCUGGGACGCCCAUCCUCACUGUGACAGCCCGUGACAAGGAUGAGGGGAAGCAUGGGACUCUCACCUAUCAUAUUGUAUCUGGCAACAGCCCACAAUUGCUUCGCAUUGAUCAGGACAAAGGCACUCUGUUGGUGGUGGGCUCUCUUACUUCAUGGGCAGAUUCCGUGCUGUACUUGGAGGUUGGAUCUCAAGACGGUGAUGGAGUAAGGGCAGAGAUGAAUGCUCGGGUGAAUAUUAGUAUCCUGUCUGCCUCUGCACCAGUUCCUUCCUUCCUAAAGCCUCAGUAUGACUUUACGCUACCCGAAGAUAUCCCCCCUGGUACCAGCAUAGGUAGCGUACAGGCCACCAUCACACCAGGUGCGCCAGUGCUUUACUCUCUCGCCUCUGGUGACCCUCGUGGCCUUCUGUCUUUAGACACACGGUCUGGGGUGCUGUCUACUCGCCGACCACUGGAUCGAGAACAAGAUGAACAACUUGUUAUAGAAGUUCAGGCUUGGAGUGGGUCUCCCCCAGCCUAUGCUCGAGCCCUUGUCACCUUGGUAGUCACUGAUGUCAAUGACAAUCCUCCCACCUUCACUGCACCAUCCCACAGUCUGAGACUAGAGGGGUCCACUCCUGUUGGCUCUGCCAUCUUCACUGCAAGGGCCCAGGACCCAGACUCAGGAACCAAUGGGCAGAUUCGCUAUGAAUUGGAUUCUGUAGGCCCCUUCAGUCUCGACAGCAAUGGACAGCUGAGAAUAGCAGGACCCCUGACUCAGGAGAGUUACCAUCUUCGUAUCCUGGCAAUAGAUGGAGGAAGCCCCCAGCUAUCAUCUGUGCUAGAACUCACAAUUCUGGUAAUGGAGAGACAGUCUGAGCCUGCCUGUGGUGCUUCUGAUUAUCGUGUGGAGGUUAAAGAGGGUAGUCCUCCGCGCAGCCGUCUACUGCAGGUGCGAGCAUUACCCCCAGGGGGAGGGGAUGCUCCCAUUACGUACAGGCUGCGGCCAGAUGCAGAUGCUGUGGGGUUUGGCAUAGAGUCAGACACAGGUUGGCUUUAUGUACGUGGUGCUUUGGACAGAGAAAGUAGGGAGAUGUAUGUCCUAGCUGUGUUGGCUUCUGGGAGUGCUGGGACUCGCACAGCCACUUGUAUGGUACGUGUCCGGGUAACCGAUGAAAAUGACAAUGCUCCCCGGCUCAGCGAGGACAGGUACUUCUUAAAUAUUCUUGAGAACCGGCCGGCUGGAGAGAUCUUUGGGAAGGUGAGCGCCUCAGACAGAGAUGCUGGUCAGAAUGGACGGGUGACCUAUAGGCUGCCGGCCCAGGAGAUGGACUUCCAUAUACACAGUCACACCGGCGAGUUGUCUGCACGUAAAAGUUUAGACCGUGAGUUCCAGGCCACUUACCAGCUCCUGGUAAUCGCCCAGGAUGGAGGUUCCCCUCCCCGUAGUGUCACUGGGACUGUUCAUAUCACACUACUGGAUGAAAAUGACAAUGCUCCUGUGUUUGUGCACCCAAAUGCAGGACGUGAGAUACCACUGCAGGUGAUAGAGGGGAAGACAUCAGGAGUGUUUGUGGCUUCUUUGAUUGCCAAAGAUCCAGAUGAGGGAGAAAAUGGCACUGUGAUCUACAGCCUGACAGGUCCUUGGGCUGAGCGCUUCACUUUGCACCAGAAUACAGGGGAGCUGCGCACUGCAACCGCUCUCCGGAAUGCUGAGAGAUCACAUUAUACAAUGACCGUACAAGCAAGGGACAGAGGGACCCCACCCAGAAGCACAGAGACAACCAUCCGAAUAAAGGUUGUACCCUCCUCCCGUUAUGCUUCCAAGCCUAAUCCCAGCUCCAUUGUCCUUACUCCUAUGGAAGGGGUGCCUCCUGGUUCUCGUUUGGGAUCUGUGGCUUCCAGAGGUCCUCGUGGCUCUGCACUGUAUACACUGCUUGGAGAAGAUGAUCCUACUGGAACUUUUAUGGUUGAUGGACGGACAGGUGAUAUUUUCCUGGUGAGGGAACUGGAUUUUGAGUCUUAUUCCAGAUACAGCCUUCGGGUCAGUGUAGAGGAUGCACAAGAAGUGUCUGGAGGGUACCUACCACCUCGUGUAAUCCAAGUGGAGGUUGAGGUCCAGGACCGCAAUGAUCACGCACCAACAUUUCCUGAAGACCCAAUGACCUUGGUAGUGCCUGAGGAUGCUGAUAUUGGAGCUUCAAUAUUCACUUUUCAGGCAUCUGAUCGUGACAGGCCAGGUCCAAACAGCCAGGUCCGAUAUUCCCUACUGCGCCAAGAACCUAGAUCUCCAGAAAGUGCAUUCCAUCUGGACUCUGAGACAGGAAUCCUUAGUGUAUCAUCACCUCUAGACCGUGAGGAAGUAUCCUCCUUUUUACUGGUGGUAGAAGCAUCUGACCAAGCCGUAAAUGUAAGCCAACGUCACUCCUCCUCUGUGACAGCACGGAUAUUUCUUAGUGACCGCAAUGAUCAUGCCCCACUCUUCAUUAGCCACCCAGUAGCUUGGCUGUCUGAAGACCUUGCUGUAGGAUAUGCAGCUUUUUAUCUGCUAGCACAAGACUCAGACUUGGGAGAGAAUGGACGGGUUGGCUAUCAGUUGGUUGGAGGCAACGAGGAAGGAAGAUUUCAGUUGCACCCAACCACAGGUGCUCUGUCGCUGAUAAGAUUACUGGAUCGUGAGGAGACCUCUGCGUAUAACCUGACAGUUGUAGCAAUAGACCACGGCUCCCCUCGCCUCUCUUCUACGCAGACACUGUCUGUGUCACUUCUCGAUGUGAAUGAUGAAACGCCCACGUUUGACAGGACACAAUAUGAAGCCACAGUGCAGGAGAACCAGCCUCCCGGUGUGAGCGUGCUCAGAGUGCAGGCCGCAGACCGAGAUCUAGGACCUGGUGGGCAUGUCACUUACGGAGGUGUUACUGGAAACGAAUUUUCUCUAGAUCCUGAAUCUGGAAUACUCACCACAAAGCUUCCUCUAGACCGGGAAGUAAAUGAGAUGUACAGUCUGACAGUGUACGCCCGUGACAAUGGAUCCCCACCACGAGUUUCUGAAGUCAGGAUACAAAUCAAUGUGGGGGAUGAAAAUGACCACAUUCCGCUUUUUCAGAGAGAAUCUGUUUCCUUGGAAGUACCUGAGAAUCAGGACCCCAUUGUCCUGUGUACCCUGAGUGCCUGGGACCCUGAUACAGGGGAGAAUGGGCGAUUGAAGUACAGGCUCAUUGACGGUGACCCAUCUGGUGACUUUAUUUUAGACGCAUUCUCAGGAACUCUGUCAACAUCUCGUGCUUUGGAUCGUGAAGGAACAUCUGAAUAUCACCUGGUUGUUUCUGCAAGUGACUCUGGAUCUCCAGCAAAUAGUGCCACUACUGUUGUCACAGUCUCUGUGCUAGACCUGAAUGAUAAUCCCCCCACCUUUUCCACACCUGCAUAUAAUGCAGAGGUGCCAGAAGAUGCUCCUGUGGGCAGCUUGGUCCUACAGCUGCUUGCGGUUGAUCUAGAUGAUGGACCAAAUGGUCAGACUACAUUCCAUCUCUCUAAUGGAACUCUUGGAAUCUUCCACAUUGACCCCCAUACCGGACGUAUCACUACGGCAGCUCCUCUUGAUAGAGAGCGACGUGCUGUCUACACAUUCCUUGCAAAAGUUCUGGACUCAGACCCAUCUGGCCCAAGGAGCUCAGAGGCCACAGUGACUGUAACUGUGAAAGAUGUGAAUGAUAAUACCCCCAUAUUCCUGCGCAGUCCAUUUUAUGUGAAUUUGUCCCGUAACACGCCUACAAAGCGAGCAAUCGCUUCCAUGAGAGCUGAUGAUAAGGAUGCAGGUGCAAAUGCCUCUAUUCUUUACCGCCUUGCACCGGCAUCCGCUAAAGGAGGAUUUUCUGUGGAUCCCUACACUGGAGAAGUCCGUUUGUUAGAGCCUUUGAUUGGGAUGAGCCCCAUGGAGCGAACCAUCUUUGUACAGGCCUCAGAUCUGGGGGACCCUCCCCUCUCUAGCACUGCAGCUCUGGUCAUUCAUAUUCGUGAGGAGGCACCAAGAGGUCCUCGCUUCCCACGAGAUGCCAUUGAGAUCAACAUCCAAGAAAAUAGCCCACAAGUGCGCUGUAACUCCAUGGGAUCCUUUCUGGCCAAUUCUUUAAUUCACACUUCUAUAUCCUUAAUCAGCAAUGAGGUUAUCAUAAAGAUUAAGUUAAAGAGCAUGACUUUUCCAUCUUAUCAAGAAGAGCAAACACAGAUGUAUGUGUUUUGUAUUCAGUUGGAAUUACAUCAUUUACACUGUAUAGGGAGGAAAGAGCGUUUUUCUUCCCUCAGAGCAAAGUCACAAAUUUCGUAUCCUUCUAUGGCUACUGAUUUGUUGUUUAUCAUCAAGCCACUUCCAACUCUCGAUCCAGCAAUACUGCUUCUAAUGUCCCGCAGUAGCAGUAGCAUUAGCAGUAGCAUUAGCAGUAGCAUUAGCAGUAGCAUUAGCAGUAGCAUUGGCAGUAGCAUUAGCAUUGGCAGUAGCAUUAGCAUUGACAGUAGCAUUAGCAUUGACAGUAGCAGUAGCAUUAGCAUUAGCAGUAGCAUUAGCAGUAGCAUUAGCAGUAGCAUUAACAGUAGCAUUAGCCUUAGCAUUGGCAGUAGCAGUAGCAUUAACAGUAGCAUUAGCAUUGACAGUAGCAGUAGCAAUAGCAUUAGCAGUAGCAUUAGCAGUAGCAUUAGCAGUAGCAUUAGCAGUAGCAUAGGCAGUAGCAUUAGCAGUAGCAUUAGCAGUAGCAUUGGCAGUAGCAUUAGCAGUAGCAUUAGCAUUGGCAGUAGCAGUAGCAUUAGCAGUAGCAUAGGCAGUAGCAUUUGCAGUAGCAGUAGCAUUAGCAGUAGCAUUGGCAGUAGCAGUAGCAUUGGCAGUAGCAGUAGCAGUAGCAUUGGCAGUAGCAUUAGCAGUAGCAUAGGCAUAUUAGCAGUAGCAAUUAGCAUUGGCAUUAGCAGUAGCAUUGGCAGUAGCAUUAGCAUUAACAGUAGCAUUAGCAGUAGCAUUAGCAGUAGCAUUAGCCUUAGCAUUGGCAGUAGCAUUAGCAGUAGCAGUAGCAGUAGCAUUGGCAGUAGCAUUGGCAGUAGCAUUGGCAGUAGCAGUAGCAUUAGCAGUAGCAUUGGCAGUAGCAUUGGCAGUAGCAGUAGCAUUGGCAGUAGCAUUAGCAGGAGCAUUAGCAGUAGCAUUGGCAGUAGCAUUGGCAGUAGCAGUAGCAUUAGCAGUAGCAUUGGCAGUAGCAUUGGCAGUAGCAUUAGCAGUAGCAUUAGCAUUGGCAGUAGCAUUGGCAGUAGCAUUAGCAGUAGCAUUGGCAGUAGCAUUGGCAGUAGCAGUAGCAUUGGCAGUGGUAGUAACAGUAGCAUUGGCAGUAGCAUUAGCAGUAGCAUUAGCAGUAGCAUUGGCAGUAGCAUUGGCAGUAGCAUUAGCAUUGGCAGUAGCAUUAGCAGUAGCAUUGGCAGUAGCAGUAGAAUUAGCAGUAGAAGUAGCAUUAGCAGUAGCAUUAGCAGUAGCAGUAGCAUUGGCAGUAGCAUUAGCAGUAGCAUUAGCAGUAGCAUUGACAGUAGCAUUAGCAGUAGCAUUAGCAUUGGCAGUAGCAUUAGCAGUAGCAUUGGCAGUAGCAUUAGCAGUAGCAUUGGCAGUAACAGUAGCAGUAGCAUUGGCAGUAGCAGUAGCAUUAGCAUUAUCAGUAGCAUUGGCAGUAGCAGUAGCAUUAGCAUUAUCAGUAGCAUUGACAGUAGCAUUAGCAGUAGCAUUGGCAGUAGCAGUAGCAUUGGCAGUAGCAGUAGCAUUAAAAUUAUCAGUAGCAUUGGCAGUAGCAGUAGCAUUAGCAUUGGCAGUAGCAGUAGCAUUGGCAGUAGCAUUGGCAGUAGCAGUAGCAUUAGCAGUAGCAUUAGCAUUGGCAGUAGCAUUAGCAGUAGCAUUGGCAGUAGCAUUGGCAGUAGCAUUGGCAGUAGCAUUGGCAGUAGCAUUAGCAGUAGCAUUAGCAGCAGUAUUAGCAGUAGCAUUAGCAGCAGUAUUAGCAGUAGCAUUAGCAGUAGCAUUAGCAGUAGCAGUAGCGAGCCAUUUGUCCUAGCAGAAGACCCAGACCAAGGACUAAAUGGCCAGGUGACUUAUGCUUUUGCACAUUCUCAGCUGAUGAAAGAUCUGUUCCGCAUUGACUCUCAGACGGGCGUUAUAACCACAGCCGCCAUUCUAGACCGUGAGAUCUGGUCUGAGGCGCGGUUGGUCAUACUGGCAGUUGACCGCGGUUCUCCUGCUCUCACUGGCUCAGCCACCCUGACUGUGAUUGUGAUGGACAGGAACGACAACAGCCCGACCAUCCCUGUCCAUUGGGAACUGACUAUUCCUGAGAAUGCCAUGAUUGGCACAGAAAUUGCCCAGGUCACAGGGAACGAUGUGGAUUCUGGCCCUGCCUUGCUUUACACGCUGACAGUAGACAGAGCCCCAAGUGGCGCCUUCACCAUUUUGCGCUUCGGGGGUCAGAUCUGGUUGAGUAAGAGUCUUGACUAUGAGGAGCGGAGCUCGUACAUCCUGAGUGUGCAAACCUCUGAUGGCAAGCACCAGACACGGGCGGAUUUCACACUCACCUUGCAGGAUGUUAACGACAAUACACCAGAAUUCACCCACAACCUGUACCAGGUUCCAGUUAUGGAACACACUCCUGCAGGAACACCAGUCAUCACUAUCACUGCCACCGACCGAGACUCGGGGGAUAACGGAAAAGUCACUUACAGCAUAGUGUCUGGCAGCAAUGGAGCAUUUCACAUCCACCCAGAAAAUGGAACCAUUUUCACCAGUGAGCUUGUGGUUCUGGACCCGAAGAGUCCAAUGAUGGAUAUAUUGGUACAAGCUUGUGACCACGGCUUCCCAAGCCUCACCUCCCUCACUACUGUGCAGAUUUUAGUGACAGAUGUCAAUGAUCAUGCUCCAACCUUUCCACAGUCGCAGUACACCGUUUCUGUGCCAGAGAACCUUCCUUUGGGUAGUACUGUCUUGAUCCUGGAAGCCACUGAUGCUGACCUAAACCAUGAGAACUCAGGACUAGAUUACACAAUACUGUCCGGGAACACAGGCAAUGCAUUCCAAGUACAGAGCAGCCUGCGGUUGUGGAAUGGUCAUUUCCAGCGCAUUGGCGCCAUCAUCUUGGCUGAUCCUUUGGAUUUUGAAUCAAUUACAUUUUAUAAUCUGACCCUAGGUGCCUCUGACCGUGGCCUACCACAGAAGGGUCGCUCAGUACCUGUUUCCAUAAUAAUCCAGGAUGUUAAUGAUAACCCACCAGUCUUUCCACGGCCAGAAUACAGUGUCCUUAUAAGCGAGGCAGCUCCUGUUGGCUCUGAGGUGUUGCGAGUCUUGGCACAGGACUCUGACUCUGGUAACAAUGGUAUGAUCCACUAUCAGAUCACAUCUGGAGAUGAAAAACGACUGUUUCAGAUUAAUGAGGCAUCAGGGGCUAUAAGGCUGGUCCGCCCCCUGGAUAGGGAAAUGCAAGCUCUUCAUGCUCUGGUGGUUCUAGCCUAUGAUGCAAAAGAGGGUCCUACCAAUUUUGCCCUUGUUCCUGUAACUGUGGAGGUGCGUGACAUUAAUGACAAUAAGCCCUACUUCCCUGUGCAGGUUCUAACCACCAGUGUGAGGGAAAACCAGCCAGCAAACACACCACUCACUAUUAUUCAUGCCAUCGAUUUGGACACUGGAGCGUUUGGUCAGCUUCUCUAUACAGUGCUGGACAUACCAGUUGUAGAACCAGGGUUAAUGACAGGAAAGGAUGCUUUCUUGGUCAACAGGACAUCAGGAGAGCUACGCUCAAGACAGAGCUUUGACUAUGAACGCACAAAAGCAUUUAAUAUGAUAGUGAGAGCUGUAGAUGCUGGUAACUUCUCAGCCACAGUCACAGUUCAAGUACUUGUGACUGGUGAAGAUGAAUAUGACCCAGUAUUUCUAGCACCUUCUUUCAAUUUUGAGGUUCCUGAAGGUUCUUUGAAAGGGCAGAAUAUUGGACGUGUGCAAGCAACAGAUGAGGAUGAAGGUGCUGAUGGUGUGGUUCUCUACUCAUUUUCAAAAACUUCCCCAUAUUUUGGAAUCAAUGAAACUACAGGACAUGUCUAUCUUAAAGUGGAUAGCCAGAGGCACCACUCUGGUCGUUCCAAGCGAGAGACAAGAGAAAUGACCAUGGAAGUUCAUGCCCACAGCCCUUUACCCUCCUCCCGUGUUUCUGUGGCUCAAGUUACUAUAGACAUAACACACACAUCAUUUGGGCUGGCACCUGAUUUGAACCUGCUACUCAUUGUAUCUGUUGCUUCCUCACUGGCAGUAGUGGUGGUUUUAGCUAUAGUGGCCAUUGUGCUAGUAGUCUGCAGGUCUAGGGGGAUUCAGAAGAAAUGCCAGGAAUCUGAUGCACACCUGGACACUAUGCAAGGAAAUACCUUACAGAGAAUAGGACAUGACAAAGCAAUAGCCAGUGGUGAUCGCAUCUACCACCAAACACUUCCUGGCUACUCCAUGGAAACUUCUGCUGGAGACGGGCCAUACACAAGGGGUGGCUCCUUGGACCCAUCACAUUCUAGUGGUCGUGGUUCAGCGGAAGCUGCUGAAGAUGAUGAAAUUCGUAUGAUCAAUGAAUACCCACGAGUUGCAAGUAUUACAUCCUCCAUGCAGGAACACAUCUCUGCUCGGGGGCCAGACUCUGGAAUACAGCAGGAUGCUGAUCAACUCUCUGAUAUCUCUUGUGAUCCCUCUAUGGACACUGGCCAAUGGUUUAAAAGUAAGAAAGGAUCAAGUCAGUCCCAACUCUAUAGGGAUGAUGGAGGGGUAGGAGGAGCUUUUAUGGGGGUGGGUUGUGGACUUAACAUAUCCAACCCCAAGGAUUACUCUUUCCCUGAAGAUGGCAAGCCAACUGUUGAAGGUUCUCUUACUGCCAUUGUUGCCAGUGAUGAGGAGUUACGUGGAAGUUACAACUGGGAUUACCUGCUCAACUGGUGCCCUCAGUUUCAGCCAUUAGCCAGCGUCUUCAUGGAAAUAGCCCGUCUGAAAGAUGAAUCAACACUUAGAAGACCAUUUCAGCCAAAACCAAAAGUUGUACCACAACCACGCAUUGACCCACCUCCUCUUAUAACUUCAGUGGCCCACCCAGGAGCCAAAACCGUGCUUCCUAAACCAGCUGUGGCUAGGACCUUUCCUCACUUCUCAUCUCUACGCCGUUCCCCUAUCACUAAUGAUGCCUCUCUCUCAUCAGCAAUUCCCCCAAGUUUCUCUCCAUCUCUCUCCCCACUUGCAGCACGUUCCCCUGUUGUAUCUCCUUUUGGCAUAUCCCAAGCACCCCCAGCAUCUGUCCUCAGCACUGAGCAUAGCUUGGACCCUGUUGGUGAUGGGGAACUCAGGAUAUAAGGACUUAAAAAAAAAGGAGGGAGGUAAAAAUAAAAGAAUAACAGAAAAAAAUACCACUGUCAGUUCUGUUGAGAACCAAGGCUGCCUACAGAUGUCUGUUUUUUUUUACACCUUUAUAUUAUUAUCCCAGUGGAAAUACUGUCCAAAAUGGGAAACAACUUACCAUUUGUAUGGUGCUCUCAGCCCAAACCUUGCCUCAUUAAUGGGGCACUCACCAUGCACUGACUGGAAAAAGCACCUCCUUUACCUUCCUUCAUGUGUCCCCUCUGUUGACCAGGGGUUGGAACCCACACAUGGAUGGUGUACUUGGACAAUGAGACAGCAUUUUCUAUAGUGUGUAGACACCUCUUAUGGUAUCAUUUAUAUUUUAAUCAAUAGAUACCCCCUAAGAUCGAGAUCAAGCUAGGCAGCUACAUAACAAUACCUAGGGUGCAACAUAAUUGUUUCAUUGAGAUUAUAUUAAAUCUCAGGUAGGAUCUUCCCACUAGCAUCUUCAUACAAUGUAUAAAGGGCUGUGAUUGACACAGUAACAUGCAAACUGAAGCGGGAUAAAUGGAUCAAGUCUACACAUAAAUUUAUGACCUACAUAGAAUAAUGGAAAGAUUAAGAGAAUUUCUGGCAUGGAUGGUUAGGCUUUUAGAAGUUACCUUGUUAGGAACAUGAGAGCUAGUUAGGAGCAUUUUUCAGGAACUUUGGAUUUACAAAGAAAGUUUAAGAAGGUAUGUGUCACUGUAGAGGACACAACCAGGACUCAAGGAGGUUUGAAUUAAGUAGAAUGUCUAAAGGUAAAUACGAGGUACAAUGCACCUUAGCCUUAGACAGAACAGACAUAUGUGUGUUAUGAGAGGGACAUCAGCUGUGUUUUAUUACUAGUGGCACAUUUCUUAUUAGAAAGUACAGUGCAGAAAAUCUUCCAAAUAGUGGAAUUUCACUAAAAGUAAAAAUAAGUUAUAGUUCACUAGAAAUGUGAUCUCUCUACACCACUCAGUAUUGGCUAAAUUUAUUUAUGUGGCUACACAAUUAAAAUAAUUGAAUAAUAGAAAGUGUCAUGGUGUAGCAUGUAAAAAGAGCAAUACUUUUGGGUAUGGGUUAGUGUGGAAGGUUGAUUAAAGGCUACCGCAUAUGAUUUAUUAGGAUCCCUACAGGCAACUAGCAAUAACACCCCCACUGGGUGGGUGUGCAUCAGGUACAUUUAUAUGUUCUUUCCCCUAUGUGUUUGAUUAUCUGUCUUUAUAAGAGUAGAUUAAGGUGCAAUAAAGUCAGAUUGACUUGAUAUAAAAAUCAAAUCUUCUGUUGGAUGGAACACGUGCUAUAGUACACAGACUGCACUGUUAGACUAUACUAGGCAGCUUCUCCUUGUUGUGUCUCAGGAUGGGGCCCGUAACCAGCUCACGACCUAUGUCUAGAGAGGCAAUGCUAGCAUUAGGGUCUGUGGCAUCUCACUGUGCAAUAUGGAGCAUUCUCUCCUGUAGAAUCCAGAGCUACAAAAGCAUGUUUUGUGAUUUUGACCUUAAUUAAACAAAAUAAGCAAUAAGCUGCUAGGAAGUGUGUCUAUUUAAACAAGCGCUGGGUAGAGAAUUAAAUGCCCCUUCUCUUUUGUCACAGUGGCAGCUUACCCAACUUUUCAUUUGUGCCAAAAUCUCUUCUUUCUUCUCAUUCACCACCUUCUUCUGACGAACCCUCUCCUGCUAAAGUAUGCCUGUAAGAUGUGACAUGUACAGCAGGAAUAUUUCUGUCCCUAGUUAUAUCUGCGUUAUCAGGGAAGUUUCAUUGUACACAGGAAUCUCUCUCUGAUUGAAGCUAAGCGGUAGAUCUAUGAGAUGUAUUAUUAUUUAAGAAUUAGACAGUUUUUUUUUAAGGCAGCUAAAAUAGUUGUAUCCUUUGGAAGGAGAGUGAAUAUUCGUCAAUAAUAUGUGACAGUAUCACAGGCGCAAAUCUCAUUGUUAAAUAGGAAAGCAUUUCUACCAAAAUUUGUUUGAUGGUUGAUAUAAUUAGCAGAGUCCAGCAGGAGUCCCCCAAAUAACUAGGUCAGCAAAUACUUCAGUUAUGUUUUACACAUUUUUAUGUUGAUAAUCACUAUAUUUAUGUUUUAAUAUUCAUCUGCUUGUCAUCUUUUUAUAGAACAGGUUAUUGUUUUACUUGGUCCUUUCAGGUCCAUGUCUAUUUAGUUAUUGAACACAAGAAGGCAUCGUCCUGGCUGAUAAAGCCACAUAACCAUUCCAUUAAGAAAAGUGUAUAAGAUGUCUUAUCGAGUACCACUAAAUAACAAAGUACAAUAAUCAGAGGCCUGACAAAUCACAGAAGCCCAGGUGUCAUAACGCCUACAAUUCUAGUUCUGUCUUCAAAAUUAUUUCCUGGAUCCUAAAAUAUAUUGCUGGCUCUUCAUUAAUGUGUGUUUUUGUAAAUUAUGACCUCUCUCCCCAAAGUACAAAUUGCCUUCUGUUUCCCCAGUGUAUGAAUUACCACACCUCUCCAUGCAUUCAUACUGCCCCUGCCGCCUCCUCACUAUGUGACGUUGAGGGAUUUUUCCCUCGUAUCACAGAUUAGAGCACACCACGUAGUAAAGCCUUUAGCCGUCAAUAUUACCAGAUGUCUGUGUAUUGUCAACUCAUUUCAGACCCUUAUUUAUUAUAUUUCAGAAAAACCAGCAGCUUAUGUUACAUUUUUUGUGUAUUUAGACUUCUUAAUGUGUGGGGUGGGGUGGGUACAUCUGUAUUACAGGGUGGAUGUUGGAUGCGAGGGGAUCACCAGUAUUUAGACUUUGACUCCUCUCGUGACACCAGUUCACAAGUGCCAAGUUUUAUACAUAGUUUCAUUUUAAUAAAUUGAAACCUGUUUGUAAAAAAACAAUAAAAUAAAUGAGAAUGGAAA